ACUCUCUGUCCACAGAUAGCUGUUUAAGAAGAGGAAAGGGUCUUCAAACUCAACUGUCAAGAAUUGUAUAGGACGAUGGACUACCGUUCUGAUAAUGGAGGUUUGGAUGAAGAUGGAUAUACUCAAUUAGACUUCCGUUCUCAAAGUACCCCCAGGACACCUGUGAGCUCGAAGAAAGUCUCUGAUUCCUCUGGCUCCUCAGGAACUUGUACCGACUCUCUUCAUUGUCGAACUAUUGCUGUGAUUUUGGGAAUUCUGUGUUUUAUACUUCUUGUGAUAGCUGCAGUCCUGGGUGCCAUGGGAGCCCUUUCGCAUUCCCAUUCUUGCCCCCAUGGCUGGAUUAAACAUGGAAAGAGCUGUUAUCUAUUUAUGGACACAUUAGAUUCCUGGUUUUUAAGCAAAAGAAAAUGUUCUCUACAGGGCUCCAGUCUCCUGAAGAUAGACAAUGCUGAUGAAUUGGUAUUCAUAGAAGAACAAGUGGAUUUACAAAAAGAUCAUUCCUUUUGGAUAGGGCUUUCUCGCCAAGGUAAAGGCUAUCCGUGGCUCUGGGAAGACGGCUCAGGGAUCUCCCCAGAUUUGAUUGAUGUCAAACCAACACCUACUGUCCCAAAUGCAUCUCACAACUGUGUAUGGAUUCAUCAAUCAGUCUUUUAUGACCGACUUUGUAGUGAGAUCUCAUUCUCUAUUUGUGAGAAGAGGCUGCUGAUGUAAUUUUGUG